AUGGCCGAAACCACGGAAACCCAGCAGAGCUACGAGGAGUUGUUUGCCGACAGAUUUUCAUCGGACGACAAAGAAUACCAGCAGUAUGUGAACCGUCCAGCUGACCUCCCACCCAUCGUCGAGGACUGGAGGAGUCGUGGAGGUACCAGGACCGUCGGGGUCGUGGAUGGGGAGGAGGAGGCCGAGGUGGUUGGGGAGGGGACAAUCGUGGGCAGCAAAACUGGCAUGACAGAGACAGAGACAGAGACAGAGACAGGCACUCAGGGCAUGGAAUUGGGCAGUCUGUCUGGCAGAGUCAAGAGCCACAGAACUGAUUCCAGGUCUGCGUCUGAGGACGAGCAGCAGCAGGACACCGUGGACCAGCUGGAGAUGAAAUUCUAUGAAACCCAACUCGAACUGUACGACACCAAGUUUGAGAUCCUGAAGAAUGAGGAGCAGCUGCUGUUGGCUCAGAUAGACACGCUGCGACGCCAGAUUAAAGAGCUGAAGGAGGAGGUGGUGUACUAUGAUGUGUGUGAGGAUCCGGAGGAGCUGCAGAGCUUGGUUUAUACAGGUGUUCAACAAAAAGACUCUCCCACUGUCAGUCAGCUCAAAAGAAGCCUACAGACCUUGGAGACCAAGAGAAGCGGCAUCUGUGCCCGGCGAGCUUAUUUCCGCAACAAAAAGGAUCAGUGCAUGGAGGCCCACGAGCAGAAGCAGCUGCCCGCCAAGCAAAGCUCCUUACUCUUCAACCAGCACCAUCAGGUCCACCAGAGACGAGAGAAGAGGAAAGAGGAGGACCAGAUGAGGAAACAGUGGGUGGACCAGGAGCGAGAGAAAACUCUGAGCAGAUUACGAUCCUUCAGAGAGAGGCGACACGGGCAGUACAUCCUGAAGACUCCUCAGUCCAGGAUGUCUCUUUCGGAAGUGCCGUGUCCCUCCCAGCCGCUGUCCAUCAUCAGCCUCGGUCCAUCUGAAGGACCUCCCUCUCUCCGACCUGCAUCCAGACGCAAUAAAACACCCAAGAAACAGCAGCCUAAAGACAUCCCUGUCCACAUCUACUCUGCACCGCCACCUCCAACAACAACCUGCCCCACUGCACCUCCUCCUCCUCCACCACCUCCACCUCCUCCUCCUCCACCACUGCCCCCUGCUUUACCUCCUCCACCUGUCCAAGCUUCACCUUCCUCUGAAGACACACCGAUGCCUCUCUGUGAAAAGCCUCCUUUUCCAGCCAAGAACAUGCUCAAACAAAAUAUAGGGACAAUGGAUGAAGUGUUGGCCUCAUUGCAGCGAGGACAGAUUCAGCUUAGAAAGGUCACUGUUCCCAGGACAGCGUCCCCUGCUGGGGACUCGAGGAGCACUCUGCUGACUGCCAUCCGACAGGGCGUCACCCUGAAGAAGAUGGUUCGUGCACAUGCAGAAGUCCUGAGCGGCGGAGACAACGAGCUGGAGCGCAGCAUCAAAGCCGCCAUGAUGAGGAUGAAGAAGGUGUCAGCCGACUCUGACUCUGACUCUGACGACAGAGACGAUGAGAUGCACAGUGCAGACUGGGACAGCUGAGCGCACACACACACACACACACACACUUAGUUUUCUUCCUCAGUUUUGAACUACAGCUUACAUUACUGCCAAAUUUUCACAAAAAAAGCUUCCUCUUAGACAUGGAUGGGAUUACGCCUCUUCUGACUUAAACAUUGCACUUUUCAAAAAUAGCCCCGAGAUGUUGUAAUACAUCCAGAACCGCUCAAAUCCAACCAACCAGCUAGUGGCAGAAUCAGGAUUUAGUCUCCUUUUUUUAAAGCUGCAGGAAUCCCAAACUGAGCAAAUGAGGCGUUGUUCAGCGCUCAUUAAGAAGAAGAGCUGAGCAGUAGUGCUGUAGUACAGCGUGUAAAUGAUUGAAUUUCUCCCAACUCGCCCGGAUAAAGGCUUUUUGUGAGACUUUCACACAGCAGGGCUGCAGACAGACACUAAACAACUCCACUGUCACAAAUACUCAAUUUCUCACAUUGUGGAGUCCAAACUCGGCUGAUCUGAAUCUGACAAAUUGCUUUUUGUGUUUUACUCGACUUUACCCCAAUAAGGGCUAUUGCAAACCAAGUUUUGUAGUUUUUGCUAUUAUAUUCAACCGAAGGAAGUUAUGUACUGAAGUGCAGCACUGUUAAUUAUUUACAGCCUACAUGUCUAAAGUCUAAAGUUUUUUUAAUAACCAAAACUUCCUUUUUAAUUAUGGCAUUACUCUUUAAUGUGGUUGAAUCUGCAAAAAGGUUUGCAGACGGGUUGAUGUGUAGGGCAAAUUGUUCUUAUGACCUUUGAACCUGUGUCAGAGCACUUACCUGAAAGACAAGGCUAUCAUGUAUUAUGUACAACUAAAUACUGUGUGGCAAACUGCAUUAAAUGGUUUGCAGACGAAAUGUGUAAUCGCUGCAA